AUGGAGGCCAAACACUUGAUGUCCAAAACCCAGACCUUGCCAAAAAAGCGAUGCGGAGUUUUAGGAGCGACUGGAGCAGUUGGAACACGGUUCGUCCUGUUGCUCACCCAGCAUCCUCUACUAGAUCUAGUGGCCGUAGGUGCUUCUGAGCGGUCUGCGGGUAAACGAUACUCGGAUGCAGUACGCUGGAAGCAGUCAGUACCAAUGCCGGCAGGAAUCGCUGAAUUGGUCAUGCGCCGUUGUGUGCCUUCCGAGUAUCUGGAUUGCGAAAUUAUCUUCUCGGGUCUGGACGCGGAUGUGGCGGGUGAGGUGGAAAUGGCCUUUCUCAAAGCCGACUUUGCUGUCUUUUCGAACGCCAAAAAUUUCCGACUGGCACCUCUCAUCCCUCUUGUCGUGCCCGUGGUCAACUUUGGACACACCCAGUUGAUUCCAACCCAGCGUCGGCAUUACAACCUGGGCAAAGGCUUCCUCGUGUGCAACUCUAAUUAG